AUGAUGGAUGCAACGGUUCCAAUGUCAUAUAGGUUCCCCAACAACGAGCUGAGGGCCUUGGAACCGCCUCGUUUCCUCGAAUCUCACGUUGAGAAUACCUUGCCAUACUAUGCGAAUACUGCUCCAGUCACAUAUGCGCCUCCUCCCAUACCGUCACCUCCAUAUGAAGUCACUGGUCACGUCUUGGGCGGUUACCCGAACUCAUAUCAACCACAUCUGUUCAAUCCGUCUUCAGGGCCUCCUCCUCAGACUCAUACCCAUGCCCACACCCAUGUACAUGCUCAAUCUCAGUCUCACACACACGCGCACGCUCAUGUUCGAACUCACCCUCAUGCGCAUACGCAGCAAGCAACUGCUGGCCGUCUGUCUACCGAACACACACCUCUUCAUUCCCCCUCACCCGACAGUCAUCAGGCACCGAGACACAUUGCGCACACUCAACCCACUAGGAUGACUCAGAACACACAGUCUUUACUUGGGGAUGAGUAUCGUUCUGGCCCAACUGUCGCCGCCGUCGCAGCUGUGAUCAACCCUACAACCACCGCGGCCAGUCCCAGUGUGAGCAUCCUCACAUCGAGUUCUCCUUCCUCAAGUGGCAAGAUGAAGAGAGAGCACGAAUCAUCCGGUGCGAAAGAUGUGGACUUUUCGACUGAAGUCGACAUGUUAAUGAAGAUGAUUCAGUCCCGUGAAGGAUCAUCGCCUGGUGCUAGUAGUGUUUCGGGCACGGCCAAUUCCAGUGCUACUAGAACGAAUACACCUGUUUCUUGUACGACGACAACAGCGGCAGUAGCACCAUCACAAACGUCAACUCAUCAAUUCAACGCAACUCAGCAACAUCAGUUCGCAUCCGGCGCAGGGCCAAUGUCCUAUCACAUGGGUAUGUCGACAUACCACCAACAGUAUGAAAGUACUCAGCAAAAUCCUCGGGCCGUACCACGAAGCAGUCCCGAUCGCAGUCAGAAGCAGAAGCGCAAACAUCAAUGUACAUUGCCGGGCUGCGGCAAGCUUUUUACGCAAAAGACACAUUUGGAUAUUCAUAUGAGAGCGCAUACCGGCGCGAAGCCAUUUAAAUGCAGUGAGCCGACAUGUGGCCAACGAUUCUCACAACUUGGAAAUCUCAGGACCCACGAACGACGACAUACGGGCGAGAAACCCUACUCCUGCGAUAUCUGCCACAAGAGAUUUGCUCAACGAGGCAAUGUGAGGGCGCACCGAAUCACACACGAGCAAGCCAAACCGUAUACGUGCCAAUUAGACAAUUGCUGGAAGCAGUUUACGCAGCUUGGUAAUUUGAAGUCCCAUCAGAACAAAUUCCAUGCCGUAACACUGCGCAAUCUGACAAUCCGCUUCGCAAACAUAAAUAACCCAGACAUGAUGUCAGAGGAGGAUCGCAGCCUAUGGACCUAUUUUGCCAGUCUCUACAAGAACAGCAACAAGGGAAUCAAGGGACGUGGUAAAGACCGAAAAAUAUCUUGCACCAGCAACAAUCUCAACCACAAAAAAGGCAGCAAUGGCGUCAUUCACCAUAAUCAGGAACAACAACAUAUCAUGUCGAUUUCUGAGAUGAAACAUCUAAACCCGGCCAGCGAUGAGGGGUCUAGUGACUAUCAUAGCUGCGGUGACGAUGGUGACGAUGACGAGGAACUCAAUGAACGCUACGCGCAUCAUGUUGUUGGCGGUCAUCAUCACCACCAUCACGGUGAUUUGCUGGCUCAUGUUAUGCAUCGAGAGGUGCCGCCGCUGCUGUAUUCGAAAAGGGAGCGAUGA